UUUCUCCAUCCUUUAUUAUGGAAAUAAGGUUCGAGUCUCUUUGCAUGCACGAGGUAGCAUGGAAUUUGUAUAUUAUCUUUACUUUGGGAGUGUAUGGAAGAGGAACCCCUCCAAAAAAAAGGGAGGGCUAACAAAGGAGGGCCAAAUUACCCGGUGCCGAGGCGGAGAGGGAUGACGGCGAUAACGUCAUCGUCUCUAGCAUUCCUCUGCAACAAGCCCUUGCUCCUUCCUCCCAAACAACACAGACCCUCCAACUCAAACUCAAACACAAACCCUUCGCCAUCUCCUCACCGGCUGCUUGGGCGAAGGAAUCCUCUUUUCUCCAGCAACCCCAAAACAUGGCCUCCUCUAGUUUUCGCCUUUCGAAGCUCGAGGACUGUUGCUUUCGCAGCUCGCCGGAAACCCACUACCGCGUCCACCUCCUCCGAUUCAAUUUCGAACUCAAAGGAGGAUGCAGAUGAUAAUUUUGUGCGGAGAGCCCUUCGAACCGUUCUGUGGAUUGCUGAGGGUGUCUACGUUUUGUGGCUUUUUCUCCUUCCCUAUGCCCCAGGAGAUCCUGUAUGGGCCAUCAAUUCAGACACCAUCAAUUCUCUUGUGGGUCUCUCUCUUAAUUUUUUCUUUGUCUUGCCUCUCAUGAACUCUGCUGGCAUUUAUCUGAUUGAUGCUCCGGUACUUCACCCUAUGGCUGAAGGAUUAUUCAACUUUGUUAUUGGCUGGACAUUGAUGUUCGCUCCCCUGCUAUUCACAGACCGUAAGAAUGACAGAUACAAGGGGUCUCUGGAUGUUUUAUGGGGCCUCCAGAUGUUUCUUACAAACACUUUUCUGAUACCUUACAUGGCUAUCCGGCUAAAUGAUGCUGAUCUGGAGUAUUCUCCAAGAGAGCCCUCUCAACUGGGCUCAGUGAUGAUCAAUGGUGCACCUGUCGUAGGAUUAAUCGGAGGUGCUGUGUGUGUAUUUUCUGUGCUGUGGGGACUCUUCGGCCGAAUGGAUGGUGAUUUUGGGAGUAUAAUGGACAGAUUGGAAUUCUUGAUUAGUUAUCUGGGAUCAGAGAGGCUGGCUUAUGCAUUUAUUUGGGAUAUAUGCCUGUACAUAAUCUUCCAGCCUUGGUUGAUAGGUGACAACUUACAAAAUGUUCAGAAAAGUAAAGCUGGAAUUGUGAACUAUCUUAGAUUUGUUCCAGUCAUUGGCUUGGCUGUUUACCUUAUUUGUUUAGAUGCUGAUGGGGAGCUAUAGCUAAAUGUAUUAUUUUAUGGAAUGUAAAUCAACUGGUUUUACGGGUGUUGUGCCCAAAUGUGUUGAUGUUUGUAAAAACAUAAUUCUUUUCCUCAAGUGAAAAUUUUAUCAGGUUAGUUCA